UUCUUCCUUUGCUUGUCAAUGUUUGGUUGUUACUUGUUUGUUACCUUUAAUUUCUAUGAAUUGUGAUAUGUUGAUUAUGACAAAGAUUAAGUUUAAAUUUAUUUAAUGAUAGUUUAAAGUUUAAAUUUCAUAAUUUCAUCAUAAUUAAUUUGUGUGCAACAUCAUGAACAACUCUGCAGCAAAGGUCGGGGAGAUCUUUCGUGAAGCAGGCAGUGCGUUCAAUAAGUUGUCGGAAAUGACGAUGCUGUUACAUCCAGUCGGAGAUUCACAACCAGGUGGCAAAUGGACGGAAGAAGAAAUUGAGAUGCUACGUUCUUGCGUCCAUCGUUUUGCCGUCGAUCUCAAUAAGCUUAGCCAGCACAUCAAGAGCAGAACAGUAUCCCAAAUCCGCACAACACUAAAAAAGAAGGCUUUCGAGGACGCAGGUAUACCAGUACGUCAGGUUAGCAACUCAGUGAACAACGUACCACAAACAACACAGGUAGUCUCGUCCCUGAGCCUCCUUCAACCGAACAUAUUAGGAAAGAACGCCGAGGUGACACUGAACAUGUUAAACGCCUCUGAGAACGAAGUUGAUGUCGAGGGUCUAAAUAACGACGUCAAGCUGGAGUUCGAAGCGGGAAAUGAAGAAGUGGCCACCUGAAACCUGCUUUGCUUCACGUAGGAUCAUCCUGGGGUGAUUGACUAACCAUGGCACUGUAAACCAUAAAUUACGUCACAUUAUUGAUUUCGUCACGAAACAGCCAAGUGACCUUUUACAACACCGUGUGACGUAAUUUAUUCACUAAUGCUAUCAUAGACUGACAAAAACAGUGCGGCGCUUGUGCCAAACGAAUUUGUUUGGGUCACGUGACAACAAGUUCGUCUGGCGUAGUUAACGUUUCUCGCAGUGUUUUUGUCUUGACCUGAUUUUUAUUUCACUUCGAUAUUGACAGUUUGGGUAGUUGAUUUUGCUUUUGUUAGACGAUUACAAAGAAAUUUUCGUUUUGAGUUUGAUACAGAAGCAUUAGUGAAACGGGGUUACUUCAUGUAUGCAUAUUGCAGCUUGCAUAUUUGAAGUUCCAUCUUUACCAUAGGUUUUUGAGUACGUUUUUUAAUUAGAUUCAUUUUACUGAUAUUGUACCGAUUCGAUUGUAAGUAGCAUCACAAUUAUAUUUGUAACUCACAGUGCUCAUGGUUAGUAUUGUAUGUCACGAUGGAUCGUUAAGAUUAUUUUAUUUGUUUUUAUUUGCAAUUAUAAUUUACUGUCAUUAAAUUAGUUUUAUACA